UAAUUCACUUUUUUCGCAUCCAAAUCGCAAACCCAAUACUUCACGCAACAUCAACAAAUACGACGAAACUACUAUUACACGCAAUAUACCAAGCACAUACAGCACCGGAAAUAUAUCCAAGAUGUCCUCCGCUAAACGAAGAAAAACGUCGCCCAAUGCAGAAGCUACCGAGGCACACGAGACUCAUGAUGAAUCCCACGAUUCCGCGACUCUUGAGGAGGGUUCAACCAUCGAGUCUGCUCCGAAGACAUUCAAGGAUCUAGGAAUUGUCGAUCCUCUAGUCGAAGCAUGUCACUCACUAGGCUACAAACAUCCUACACCCAUUCAAGCGCAAUCGAUCCCCCUCGCUCUACAGAAUAGGGAUCUUAUAGGUCUCGCUGAAACCGGCAGCGGAAAGACAGCUGCCUUUACCCUGCCUAUCCUUCAAGCGCUUCUCGAGAAGCCCUCGGCCUUCUUUGGGCUGAUACUUGCCCCAACUCGUGAGCUGGCAACCCAGAUUGGCCAGGCAGUAGAUGCUCUCGGUGCCUCCAUAUCAGUGAGAUGCGCCGUUAUUGUCGGUGGUUUGGAUAUGGUUCCUCAGGCCAUCGCCUUGUCAAAGAAGCCUCAUAUCGUCGUGGCUACCCCGGGACGUCUGCUAGAUCACCUUGAGAAAACGAAGGGCUUUAAGCUGUCGAACACCAAAUAUUUAGUCAUCGAUGAAGCCGACCGACUGUUAGAUAUGGAUUUCGGUCCUAUACUUGACAAACUGCUAAAGUUCCUGCCGAGAGAGAGGCGGACAUUCCUCUUCAGCGCCACGAUGUCUUCAAAGGUCGAGAGCUUGCAGAGGGCCAGUUUGCGGGACCCUCUGCGUGUCAGUAUCAACACCAACAGGUAUCAAACUGUCUCGACUUUGAAGCAAUACUACAUUUUUAUCCCACAUAUGCACAAGGACCCAUACUUGAUUUUCCUUGUUGCAAGCGAGUUUACUGGUAGGUCUACUAUCAUAUUCACACGAACGGUAUACGAAACCCAGAGGGUGGCAAUUAUGCUACGCUUCCUAGGGUUCGGCGCAAUUCCUCUCCAUGGACAAUUAUCACAAUCCGCGCGUUUAGGUGCUCUGAAUAAGUUUAAGUCUGGGUCUCGCGAUAUUCUGGUAGCAACUGAUGUUGCCGCACGAGGCUUGGAUAUACCGAAAGUCGAUGUCGUUCUCAAUUACGAUUUGCCCCAGGACAGCAAGACAUACGUUCACCGAGUUGGACGAACAGCACGUGCAGGCAAUGCCGGCCAAGCCAUCAGCCUAGUCACGCAGUAUGAUAUUGAGAUCUAUCAGCGGAUUGAAGCCGCGUUGGGUAAGAAGCUAGAUGAAUACGAGACCGACAAGGAAGAGGUGAUGGUCUUCAAAUCCCGCGUUGAGGAAGCCCAACGCCACUCGCGUACCGAGAUGAAAAACUUGAUGGACGAUCGGGGUAACAAGGGUUCAGUUCUGAGAGGCCGUCACGCCGGCAGAACCGCCAAGAGACGACACGACGCCAUGGACGCCGAAGAAGGAUGAAGACGUUAUGAGGAUAUAUGAAUAACAACCUUGGCAAUCAGAGAGCAUAAUAAGGGGCGUUUUUGAUUAGAUACCCAGCAGUUCAAAAGCUACCAACUUCCCAUAACCACGGAUUUCUUUAAGCAGUGAAACCAGCAUAGGGUCAAUUACACAUGCAUUAGUGAUAUACUCGACUUUUUCUAUUACUGAAGACACCCCACAACCUUGGAAGAUGCAGAAAUACCAUAUUGUCUCAAUCCGAGCACCAUUCAAACGCGAUUGGGCAUCGUUUCUCAACAUCAAAAGUACGAAAGCCACAGCACUUUAAACGAGCGGCACUAAGAAAUUAGUGAAACCAGCUGCGUGGUUCCCCCGAGACAUUUAUUAGUUCGUAAAUUUUUCUUAGCAACGGCGGGGGCGCUUAACUAAACGGCUGGAAUGCAAGCUAUAUAAUAAUAU